AAGAGUUGCGCCAAGACUCGGAUUCAUUAUAUAUGCAUCACUUGUCCAAAUGUCACACCAUUUAUCUGCUUUCGCUUGUUGCUUCUCAUAAUCAAUUAUUGUUAUAGAAAACCUUGUAGAUUAUUCCUAUGAAUCUGUCCUCGAUAUGUGCAAUUGAAUCCUAGAUUUCUGUGAAUAUACGUGUUUACUACGCAUUUGCAAACUUGAUUUCAUUGGACACUGAAACUGUGGCGACAAGUGAAGUUAGUGAUUUUGAUGGACCUCAAAUCCUUCUCUUCCAAUUCCCUGUCCUCUUCUGAAGUUGCUCUUCUUGCAAGAUCGUCUUCCUAUUCUUACAAUGCUUUUAUGCAAAAAUUUGGUGUUAGAUUUUCCAAGUCUCCAAGAGGGAUAAUUGUUAGGACUUAUGGUGGUCCUGAGAACCAUUACUUGGCAAAUAAAGCUAUCAUAAGCUUAGCUGGUGGUGCAAAUAAUGUUGCAGCAGAAACAAGUUUUCACAGUUCUAAUGGAUUAAACGGUUCAACUUGGAGCCUUUUCACAAGAAAUCUGAAAGUACUUGAAGCCUAUGAUGAUGAGUAUGGUGGAGUUGUCAUUGAUCCAGAUAGGUUGCCAACCAAUCCGUCUGUUUUUGCUCGUUCCCUGAAUUUGUCUCUUUCACAUUGGAAAAAGAUGAGUUUGCUAUAUCUGAUUAGAAAAGUAGUUACCAUGGAAAAUCUCACUUUAGCAUCAUGUGUGAAUGUUCAUGCUCUGCACAAACCACACCUGACUUAUGAGGAUUUGCAGGGAAAGAAGGGGAUUUGGCUUAAGUUGCCUAUUGAGAAAUCUGACCUUGUUCCAGUUUCUAUCAAGGAAGGAUUUCAAUACCACCACGCAGAGCCGGGAUAUGUGAUGUUAACUUACUGGAUUCCUGAAGGACCUUGCAUGCUUCCGGCCAAUGCGUCGCAUCUAGUAGGAGUUGGGGGAUUUGUCAUCAACGAAAACAACGAGGUGCUUGUAGUGCAAGAAAAACAUUGCUCUCCUGAAAUCCUUGGUCUUUGGAAGAUUCCAACCGGAUUCAUUCUCGAGGCAGAGGAGAUAUACACAGGAGCCAUAAGAGAAGUGAAGGAAGAAACCGGCAUUGAUACAGAGUUUAUAGAAGUCAUAGCAUUCAGGCAUGCGCAUAAUGUGGCUUUCGAUAAAUCAGAUCUGUUCUUCAUCUGCAUGCUAAGAGCCCUAUCGUCCAAGAUUGUUGUCGAUGAUCAUGAAAUUGAAGCUGCAAAGUGGAUGCCCCUGGUAGAUUUUGUGAAGCAACCACUAAUCCAAGAAGAUUCCAUGUUCAAACAGAUCAUAGACAUCUUGGUCGCCCGUCUCGGGAAGCGUUAUUGCGGCCUUUCGACUCACCAAGUAGUUUCAAAGUUUGAUGGCAGGGUCUCUUCCCUGUACUAUAAUGUUAUAGACAAUGAUGAAGAUAUCAACUGUGUAGGAAAUUAAGCCAAGGAUCUCAAAAACUUCAAAGGAAGAAAGCAAGAACCGUUCAACAAGUUCUCAAAUAACAGCAACAGCCUGAAAGUUGAGCUAAUUAUUGCACCUUUCAUCAGAUAUCUCCGAUAUAUGCCCGAUGUAAUAAUAUAAGUGCAAUGUUAUUUCGAAUGUAUAUAGAUAUCUUAAAUAAUAAUGUAUCCUACUAUAUUGUAAAUAGAAGAGCCACGAUAUUUAUGGGCCUUCAAUAUAAUCAUCCCUGGAAUUAAAACAUCAUUGUAUAUUUGAAGGUUAACAUAUUAAACUGAAGUUGCAGAACUUUUUUCUUCAGCAA